AAACUGUGUCUGCUCAGCAUUUGGGCAAAAGUGAAAAAGUUAGUAGCAAUGCUUCCAACUGGCGGUGCUGGGACUGUGGCAGUGGCGUGACGUCAUGCUCCCAGAAUGCACGGCUUCCAGCGCGGCGCCAGCAGCCCAGGCCCAGACUCUAAUAAACAUCGUUUAAAAGCUUCAUCUGGACAAAAUGUCCACGUGGAGACCAAAUGGAGCGUGGAGGAAGAUCGUGGUGGUGCGGCAGUCGAUCCUUUAGGAUGUUGAGCUUCCUCUGUGAUUCUGCUGUGAGUGGUGCGCCGUGCUACUGAACUCUAAAAGACUCUGAGCCAAAAAAAGGAAAGUUGUUGUCACUUCUACAAGCCCUCAUAAUUGCAGCCCUCUUGGGGUUGCUAUGGCAGGUGCUGUCACCGAAACCAAACGCUGGACACAGGCCUGUCCCACCAAGGCAGGGCAGACCACACGUCAUUGCCACAAGGGACCAUUAAACAGUCAACAAACUGCACUUAGUAUUAUUGCAAGUACACAGAGAUAACUAAACAGCCCAAAACUCAAAAGCUGAUGCUGAUGGCCAGCUACCUGUAGAAUCCUCAUGAGUGUUGUUUGUGUCUCCUCCUACUUAGCUCAAUUUUCUUGCAGCAACACAACCAAGGCUACCUCUGUGGGACCAUGUUCCACCAGCAGGAACAACUGAAGGGUCAGCUGCAGGAUAGCCACAUCGCCAACAGGCAACUAUUCCACUGCCAGGAGUGUGGGAAGCAGUACAACACCCAGCUGGGUUAUAGGCGGCACCUGGUGGAAGCUCACAACGCUGGCUCAGGCCUACCCUGCUCGGAGGGUGCACCAUCCCUGCUGGAGCACCUGGGUGGUGGCCAUAUUGACAGGCCUCCUCCGGAAGGUAACAGCAAUACUGUUGUGUCUGUGAGAGAGAGAAAAUAUUCCUGUGAGCGAUGUGACCGUCGUUUUUACACGCGCAAGGAUGUACGUCGCCAUGCCGUGGUGCACACUGGACGCCGUGAUUUCCUGUGUCCUCGCUGUGCGCAGCGCUUUGGCCGCAGAGACCACUUGACCCGUCACUUGAAGAAGAGCCAUGCGCAUGAUACAGGAUUAAUACCACUGGUUACACCCAGUACUCCUGUGACAACAUCCACUACAACCACUCAGUGUCCAGCAAAGGAGUCCAGCCCUUUAGCUUCUGACAGGGGCUCAUCCUCCUCCAAGGAACCUGUGGAGACCUUUACCAGGGAUAUGUUCAACUCCUACCCCAUUGCCAAUCCUGUCCCCGGGAUGAGUCACCCACAUGGCCUCAUGCAGGUCUCUUUGUCGUCAAGCAUGGGUGUUGGUCGCCACAUGCCGCCUCCAUCGCCUCACAACCACCACCAUCACUUGCAGCCCCUGUCGGCAACACAGCAGCAGUCGUACAGCAACAUGUCCAGGUACCAACAAGGAUCUACCUCAUAUCCCCGCACCGACGUGGACAGUUUCCUGCUGGAUCUGCAGAGUGCUCCUCCUCCCCAUAUCAGUUCAGUCAACUCUUCUACCUCUACAUCCACCUCCCCUCAGAGGGAGAUGCUCGGUGAAGGGAUGGGUGUUGGCAGUGACCCCCACCUGCUACCGAGGAAUCCUGCUAUCUCCUCAGCAGAGCUUUCCUGCACCACUAACAUGGAACUUGGGCCACUGUUGGGCUUUUUGCCUUUUGGUCUGCCGCCUUACAGCUCACAUGUGGGGAUGGGAGGGUUAAUGAUGGGUUAUCCUCCUGCCACCACCACCGCAGCCUCCUCUCCCACCUCUUCCACUGGGUUGUCCUCCCAAGCUUCAGGGCCUUUUACCUUCUUUCAGCCCCCACAGGCUCAUGUGCCCCAAGGCCCUGUCACCCACAACCAUAGCCAGCUACCUCAGGCAUACAGCACUUCUGCUGUUAGCACUUCUAGCCCCUUACCUCACUACUACCAGGCCUUUCAGCAAUAAGCAGUUCUGUGUACAGAAAUUAGCCUUCACACAUACAUGCUGUUUUUGUCAAAGGUCGAAUGGCAUCUUUAUGAUUUAUACAACAAUGUAACUUAGAUUUUGAUUUUUGUUGAACACAACAAAUCACCUCAUCAGUAUUACCUCGUUAUUUAAAAAAAAAAAAAAAGUAAGUUUGAAUGCACAUCUCACUAGAACCAACAGUUCAUGCACUUGACACAGUUAUCACAUGUACUAUGUGAUGAUAACCGGAUUUAGCAUCUGGAAAAAGGAAUAGGGUAGAGUAGGUACCAUGUUUUCUUGGGUUAAUGAACUCGGUUAUGUCACAGACCAGCUCAGAAUCCAUUUGGAAGCGCCGAGUUCCAAGAGGCCACACUACCACGGUGACACACUUGCCGCUGAGAUGCUUUUACCUUUUUUGUUACUAUUUGUUGCUGUAGCGCUAAUUUAAAAAUGCACUUAAGUCCAUCAUUACUUACCUUUUUCAUGGCUAAAAGGCAAGCCAGUCUAGUAAACUGCUGCAUUAGUAUUUUUAAAACUGGUAUUUGACAAUUUAGAAUUUAGGGGUGUCAAACUCGUGCCGUGGAGGGCCGAGAUGCUGCAGGGUUUCUUUCCAGCCGGUGAUUUUGAUGAUCAGCACCUUCAUUUUGAGGGAAGGAGCUCAUCAAUUAAAUCACCUGCUGGAGAAACGGGUUGGAGAGAAAACCUGCAUUGUCACGGCCCUCCGCGGCACGAGUUUGACACAUGUCACGUAGAUGCUGAUCAACCAGAUAAAACAUACUGUUAAUUACCUGUCAUUUACCAUGAGAUGCCAAAUACCAUAUCAUAGGACGUCAGUCUUUCAGCAGCAUCAGCAUCCAUGAUGUUGUGCCUUCGUAUCCCUGACCGAUUAGGCCGUCAGAAAGCAUGCAUCUGCUAUGUUUUCGGCUAUAGUAUCUAAUCUCGACACUUUUACCCUCUAUGCCAAAAUGUCUUACAAUGAACAGUAGUUGCUUACAGGGCACAUCAGGAGACUCGCCUUAUGGAGCCUGACUUGUCACUUAAAAUAGUCAAAUGCAUAGUUUACUUACAGGCGGAAUAAUAACCUCUCAUACUGUAGAUAUUGCACAGUGCCGUUCUGGCAUUCCUGCUUUUAAAAAAUCAAUUUGUCACAAUGCAAGUUCAUGCUUCAAGAAAAGAAACUUUAAAAUCACCCUCCUCGCCCUCUUUGGUCAAAUGUCGUUACUUUUGAACGUUUUAUUCCUGUUCAUUGGGGAUUUCAUGUGUCCCUGUCCUAUGUUAAGGAGAUGAGUACCAUGGAUUGAUGGGAUAAAGUAAUAAUUGGUCUAACGAGCCCAGACUAGUCCUAUAUAUUCUUGUAGUAUGUGUUUGAGAUGAGACAUUUGGGAAUUGAUGUGAAAAUGAAGUCAAACACAAUGGAAUUCAUAACUAAUCGCCAAUCAGUCCACAUUUGACAGGCGAUGUUAACCCUUUGCAACCCCAAGCAUUAAGAACAAAUUUUUGCCCACUUGUUGAUUUUAGCUAGAGACGUACACUUGCAUACAUUUAGAUGUCUGAAGAGUUUUUCUUUUAAAUCUGUUAUAAACGUACAAGAAUAUUUGUCUUGCUGAAGAGUCGAGACUUAUGCCCCUUAUUUUUCAUAGGACUUAUCUCGGAUUUGUUGAAUGGGGUGUAAGUACAAGGAGACAAACAUUAAUCUUACAUAGAUACUGGGAUUUAACUUCAAUGGGAAUCUGUCAGUAUUGUGUGAGAAGCAGGCGUCGACCAGCCCCUUUGCCAUUUGUAUAUGUGCUAAGGCGUAUCGUGGGCGCUUAAACGGAGUGAUGUGACCUGUGAGAUUUAGAGAAAAAAAAAAGUAUAAUUUAGAUCUUCUGGAUGUGAGAAACUAUGACCUUGUUGCUGUUUUGAUUUAGCACAGCAAAAACAAUUUUUUUUUAGAGUAUUUGUAGCCUUUUCUGAUAUUAUCCAUGACCCUGUCUGCUAAUUUUCCUUUGGUGUGUUGUGGCUCUCAAGAGCUUCUAAUGAAAUUGGGAUGUAUACGCCAUACCCAAAUUUGACUUCCUCUUUUCCCCCUGAGGGGGGGGAAUAUCAAAGAUGAUUUCGAGCCAUUCCUUUGAUAACAUAGUCACAUUUUCAAGAAGAAUGGAUCCCAGUAGUGGAAACUCCCUCACGUGUUCAAGUGACUGUUUAUACUCGAAAGAAGGCGUGCAAAAGGAGAUGAUGCUCUCUUAUUUUAACCUCAUGCUGAUUGACUGUUCCACUAGCAUUGUCACUAGCCUCAGUGUUGCACCAAUGUCAAAAUGCUACUGUUGUGUCUCUUUCAAAGAGAGUAUAAAUCUCUUGACAGGGUUAAAGCACUUAUGACAUUUCUGAAAAAAAUGUUUUGUACCUCAAACACACAGAAAUAAGGGUUUCUGUUUUUUGUUUUUCUCCCCCCUAGUUAUUGUGGCACUUUUGCCAUUUAGAUGUAAACUUUUGAAGAUAGCUUUUGAGUUAACUCUUAAUAUAGUGGCAGACAUUGAUAUAAUAACUUUAAACAUUCUACCUCUACCUCUUGUCAUAUCUUUCUGCAAGAUCAAUAUAAAAUGUUUAAAGCGACAACAGGCAUUUUACCACUGAAAUGACUGUUUAAAGUUAACUUUGAAGGACAGGAUACACACUCGGAUCAGAGGUGUACUCCACUGAAUCAAGCAUUGUUGUGUGUACUUGCCUUUAAUGAUAUUUCUACUUAUUUACUACCUCAGAAGUGACAGGCAACUGCUUAUCUAACUGCAGAGAAAAUGUCUCGGAUUACAUUUUUGUUUAUUGUAGCUCUAGUAUUUGAGAGUACCUCAUAGCAGAAUAUCAGGCACAGGCUGCUUUCUGCUCUACUGAUGUCAGUACCACUUUAGCCUGUAAAUGUAAUUGUUACAUGUAGGAAUGCAGGUAGUAGUCGGGUACUUUUCAUGCACACAACUGGCAGCUUGUGAAAUGAACCUCGCUGCCUCGUCUCUUACACAUCUUUAACUGGAUCACUUUCAGUAUUUUUGUGUCAGAUAAAGGACCCGAAUACUUUUCUGACAAUACAAGAAAAAAUGCAGUACUUAGUUUGUGGUAAUUCGAACAUUCUUCUUUUUAACAAGACGGUUAACACAUUGAAAAACUGAUCAUACAUUUGAAGUCAUUCAACUUGAUGUAAAUCAUGCGUGUGUGUUUUGCUGUUAUGAACGAUCACACUGGAAGCUGUGUUGAAAUACCUGCAAUGUUGUCCUGCUGCAGGAAGAGUUGCUUAUCGCCCGUCAUGUUAAUGCGAACAUGAACUUUGUGCAUAUUUUUAGAAUACGCAUGUUUGUGACACGGAUGGUGCUGCAAACAUGUGGCAAAUGAACCAUGUCAACAUCGGUGCUUGGAGUGUAAUGCAAGGACUUCGGGUUUCAUGUAUCAACUAAGUCUAUCAUGACCUGUGAUAUGUUGUCACACUGUGGGUUACAGUCAAAGAUGUUUCAACACGUUUACUUUUUCAUGACUAAGUAGAAGCAGCACAGACCAGACCACAUUUCACAUUUUACAUGCUGAAUACGAUCAGCGCUCUCUGGAAUGGUGUUGGUUUCCGAUGUGAAUCAAGCUCAUCCGCUUUUUCUGAGAGUCGUUUUCAUUAUUGCUUCAUAGCAUCGAUGACCAAGAAAACAAACCGAAUUGUCAUUUUCUUAUUGUCUAAACAAAGCUAAAUAAAUAUGUAGAUUUACUCUGAAGUUGUUGUGUUUUAAUUUGGAACAGGAACUUUGGAAGCUGGUUGAAUGAAUAGAG